AUGUCAGCAGAGCCUGCCGCCCAGGAAACGCCUCAGGCGGUCCCUGAGGCACAGACCGCCGAGAAGACGGUCGCAUCUGUGUCUGAGGUGAAGCCUGAAGAGAAACCGGAAGAGAAGCCGGAGGAGAAGCCGGAGGAGAAGCCUGCCGAAACUACCCAGGAGCAGCCUGCUGAGGCCACGACCACUGCCAAUGGCUCUGAAACCGCUCCUAAGGAUGAACCAGCGCCCAAGAAGGACGAGAGCGCGGCGACCGCGAAGCCCGAGUUUCUGACCAAAAACCCCGCCCUGAGCCAGUUCUUCGACCGUCUUCCUGCCAUUCUCGAAAAGACCGGCCACACGGAGAUGUGGGGUGUUCCUCUGAAGGACUUCAACGACCCGCCCACGGCCAACGUCCUGAUCAAGUUCCUUCGCGCCAACGAGGGUAAUGUCAAGCAGGCCGAGGAGCAGUUGACCAAGGCCCUGGAGUGGCGGAAGAAGUUGAAUCCUUUGGACUUGGUCGAAAACGCCCGCUUCAGUGCCAAGAAGUUUGGUGGUCUGGGAUACAUCACCACCUACAACGACCCCAAACACGGAAAAGUGAUCAUCAACUGGAACAUUUAUGGCGCGGUCAAGGACAUUAACAAGACGUUUGGUGACUUCGAUUCGUUUCUCAAAUGGCGUGUCGCUCUGAUGGAGCUGGCGGUCAAGGAACUGAAGCUGGAAGAGGCGACUUCGGUCAUUGACUACAACGGCGAAGACCCCUACCAAAUGAUUCAGGUUCACGACUAUCAGAACCUGAGCUUCCUGCGUCUGAACCCGACCAUUCGCAACGCUUCGAAACAGACCAUUGAUAUUUUCUCUACGGCGUACCCCGAACUCCUCCGGGAGAAGUUCUUCGUAAAUGUUCCUGCCAUUAUGGGUUGGAUGUUCGCGGCCAUGAAGGUGUUCCUCAGCAAGAACACCAUCCGCAAAUUCCACCCGAUCACCAACGGGGCAAACCUCGCUCGCGAAUUCUCGUUCGGUGACGAGCUGCCCAAGACAUAUGGUGGCAAAGCUCCCGAACUGAAGGAGAGUGGCCGAACGGUUCCACUUGAAGAUGACACUGCUGAGCCAGCCAAGGAGGAGGAACCUGCGAAAGAGUCAACUAAGGAAGAGGCCAAGGAAGAAACUCCCAAGGAGGAAACUUCCAAGGAGGAAGCUCCGAAAGAGGAGGCUGCCAAAGAAGAGCCCGCGAAAGCGGAACCGGCCAAGGAGGAGCCUGCGCCGGCCACCGAAGCCAAGGACGGACCUGCCAAAGAGGAGCCGAGCAAGGAGGAGCCGGUCAAAGAGGAGCCAGCAAAAGAAGAGCCAGCUAAGGAGGAACCAGCCAAGGACGAACCUGCAAAAGAUGAAUCGGCUAAAGAACCGGCCAAGGAGGAGCCGGCCCAAACCGAGUCUGCAGCUGCCGAGGCUGCUCCUGAGACCAAAUGA